UAGUCUAAGAGCCGGCAGCACAUUUUGGCAGUUUUGAUAUAACCGAAAUUCGAGUGUGCACAUAUCUAGAUAUGCACCACAGUAUGUCAACGGAACAAGUCUGGCAGUGAUCUUUUUCAGCUUUCUCUUGCCAGACGCAUCCAAAGUGCAGCAAAAAAUCAAUUUUUGGCGUUUUGGUAUAACCGAAUAAAUGAUACACCAAAAAAUCAUAAAAAAUCCCCUGAUUUCGAAUCUGUGGGUACUGCAAGUUUCUUUUUCAGCUUUCCCCCCGCCAGACCGCUUUAAAGCAUUUUUAAGUGCAUUUUUCUAAUAAAAAACCCAAUUAUUUAUUUUCUGUUAGGUAUAACCGUAUGAUGGUAACAAAUUAAUAUUCUAUGUCUAUUCCAGGUCUAGAAAAUAUAAUUUUUAGCCAGCCUUCCCUCUGCUAGACGCAUCCAAAGUGCAGUCAAAAAUCAACUUUUGGCGUUUUUCUAGGUAUUACCCCAAAAAGUGAUACACCAAAAAAUCAUAAAAAAUCCCCUGAUUUCAAAAAUGUGGGUACCACAAGUUUUUUUCAGCUUUCCCCCCGCCAGACCGCUUUAAAGCAUUUUUAAGUGCAUUUUUCUAAUAAAAACCCCAAUUACUUCUUUUCUGUUAGGUAUAACCGUAUGAUGGGAACAAAUUAAUAUUCUAUGUCUAUUCUAGGUCUAGAAAAUAUAAGUUUGAGCCAGCUGUUUUUCAGCCUUCCCUCUGCCAGACGCAUCCAAAGUGCAGUCAAAAAUCAACUUUUGGCGUUUUGCUAGGUAUUACCCCAAUUAAUGAUACACCAAAAAAUCAUAAAAAAUCCCCUGAUUUCAAAAAUGUGGGUACCACAAGUUUUUUUUUCAGCUUUCCCCCCGCCAGACCGCUUUAAAGCAUUUUUAAGUGCAUUUUUCUAAUAAAAAACCCAAUUACUUAUUUCCUGUUAGGUAUAACCGUAUGAUGGUAACAAAUUAAUAUUCUAUGUCUAUUCCAGGUCUAGAAAAUGAAAGUUUAAGCCAGUUUCUUUUCAGCCUUCCCUCUGCCAGACGCCCUCAAAGGUAUCUCAAACAUAUUUUCUCAUUCAAAAAACACUUAGUUUUUGGUUUUUCUUUCUAAAAAAACCAAAUAACUUUUUUUUGUUAACAGCAACCAUAAGAUGAUCAAAUAUUAAUAUAAAUAUCUCCAUUGCUGGUUUAAAUGCGCAAAUUAUGCAAAAGCGCAUUUUUUUCUAAAUAUAUUAAGAAUCGCUUAUUUUUCACUUGCGAUUAUCUUUUUUUGUCAAAAAUUAGCAGUCCUUUAAGCAAUUAAUGGGCCUGUCAAUUAUAUUAUAUUGUUUUGAAAUAGCGUAUGUUUCAUUAGAAAAAGCGCUUGUGAAAAAAAAAGUGUGUUUGAGUUGUGUUUUGAAAAUACUUACCAUGAAUAUUAAAUGUUCUUUACCGUGUAAUAAUAUUGAAAUAAAAAAUCAAAAACCGAUUAUUUUGUUUACCGAAUUCACAUUAGAAAAAUGCCAUCAAAUACUUUCCUUACGAAAAUCUCGCAAAUAUAAAUUUUCGGAUUUCAACCUCCCAUCUUGUGUUGACAAUAUCAGUGGUUAUCACACUGGGUGUUAUAGACGAUUUACAGCAAUUUCAAAAAUUCAAUCCAAAGAUGAACCCAUUUAUGAGUCAUGUAAGUAUCAAACGUAUCUUCUCUAUGCCUCAAUAAACGGUUUUAUUUCUAUUAUUAUGUUAUGUUGUUAUGUAUUAUAAAGAUAAAGAGUAUUGGUUUCAUGCAAAGCAUUAGUUUCAAACAAUGCAGCUAUUGUUAUUUUUUAAACUCAACAGUCAAUACUUGAAUUAAUUAAAUGGGAUAAUUGUUCUUCAAAUAAAUGCAUUUUUUUUUUAGUUUCCUCGACUAAAUUUAGCAAUAAAGUUUAUUUUUAUAACUUGUAAUUUUUGUUUAAAUGAAUUUUAGGGUAUUGUACAACUUAUGAUUUUAUGUAUUUGCGUAUUGUGAAAUCUAUCAAUUUAGUCUUUCUGUUUUCUCUUGAAGCCAAUGCGGAUUUAUCAGAAGUUCUCCAAUCUUCAAACUCUGAAAGCACCUCAAUCGGUUUACGUGAAACAAAGAACGCAUCAACUAAAAAUUGUAUUUUUUGUAACCGCGUUUUAAAGUGUAUUAAACAAAACAAAAAAGAAAAUGUAAUAUCCGGACACAAAUCCACCUUGGAGCAUAUUAUUUGCAAUGCUACAUUGCUUAAAAACGAUGGCGUUUAUCAAAAAUUGAUAGAUUGUAGGAAAAAUGAGUGCAUAAGAUACCAUAAAACAUGUCUCGCCGUAUUUUCCCAAAAAGCAAAGAAUUUUGAAAAUAGUUCAAAGAUAUUAGGUUCCCGAAGUGCUCAUAAACUGGCGUUUGCAAGUGUUUGUGAUUUUAUUGAAGAUCAUUUAUUAAAUUUAAAAGAAGUUCAUUUAUUUGAAGACGUAGAUAUGUAUGAACAAAAGCUCUGUGAGAAUGAAAAGUCAUUGACUUUUUCUACAAAAUGGUUGAAGGAUAAAAUUCUUUCCUCUUACCAGGGAAAAAUAGUUAUUAAGAAAAUCAAAAAUCAAACCCUCAUCUUGGAUGCAAAUCUUGAGGACUAUCAAGAAAGUAUACUGAGCGACACUUUCACGUCAAUUAAACUGCAAUCGAUUUUAAGGUACCUACCUAUUUUAUCUGUGAUUUUAUAUCCCCAAAUUAAAUUAUUAAUCAAAUAUUUCUUUAGAAAUAUUGCUUACAAAGUAAGGAAAGAAAUAAUGGAACUAUAAACAACGACCUUGCCUGAACAUGUCUCUCUUAAAGCCAUUAUUGAUAAAAAAGUUAAGAUCCCUGAAAUGCUUGAAGAAUUUGUCGGAUGUCUUCUUACGGGCCCAGACCAACGUUAUGGAAAAAAUGAAGAAGUGAAAAGAAGAGUUACAUCACUCUGCAAUGACAUGAUUUACUCUGUAACAAGAGGUCUUGUUAAACCUGGAAAGCACAUUCAAUUAGGAAUGGCUAUGAAAAGUCUAACUAGCAGCAGAAAAGUUGUUGAGAUUUUGAAUAGGUUUGGGCAUUGUGUAAAUUACCACUUUGUCGAGGAGCUGGAAACCGAACUUGCGUUUUCAAGUGAUUACGACAACUCAAUUCUCCCACAGGGAAUGCUAAAAUCGAAAGAAGUUUGUACCGGUGUUGCAUUCGACAAUUAUGACCGAUUCGUAGAAACAAGUUCUGGAAAAAACACACUUCACGAUACAGUGGGAAUCGCCUAUCAAAUAAAUAUCCCUGUAUUAAGUACAACAACAGAAGCAGAAAAUACAUCUUCCACCAGCAAAAUUUCAAGAAAUAGACGUGCUUAUGAACCCUCAAAUACUGAAAUCGAACCAUAUUUUAAAAAACCUAAAUUGGUUAAAACACUUUCAAAUGUGUGUUCCUCGACAGACCUUUUUAAACCAUCCAUAUGGCAAGGCAACUUGAUUAUGUUUGGCUUGCAACUCUGUUUUCUGAUAGAUCAAAUACUCCAAUGUGGACUGGUUGGAAUUCUAGACAUGUCCAUGAAAAUCUGCCACUUCAAAAUGUAUUUUAUUUAUCACCCAUAAAUGCAUCACCAACUAGCCGAUCCGUUGUAUUAGAGACACUUAAAAAGUCUAUUCAAAUAGCAGAUGAGUGUGAUCAAAAAUAUAUUUUCGUUACCUAUGAUUUAGCAAUAGCCAAAAUAGCUUUUCAAAUUCAACAUGAAGAAUCGCCAAAUUAUGAUCGGGCUUUUAUUUUGCUAGGAAGUUUUCAUAUUGAAAUGGCUUUCAAUAAAGCCAUUGGAAAAUUUCUAGAUGGUUCAGGUGGCGAACUUGCUUUGGUUAACGCUGAAAUCCUUGCACAGGGCUCUUUGAACGCAUUUAUAUCAGGUACUCAUUACAAUAGAUGUAAACGAUUACAUGUGUUAUUAAGUGCAGCGGUACAGCUUCUUCAUUUCGAAGCUUUUGUGAAAGAGGAAAAUAUCUCCGGCGACGAGAUUGUAGCUGACCUAAAUCUUUUUGAAAUGAAUGGCGUUGGUGCAAACUUACCUGAAAAUCUUGCUUUAAUUAUUACAAAAUAUGCCAAGUAGGUACGUGAAAAAUACUUUGAUGGGACAUCAUGGUCCAACAGCUGCAUUUUGGAUGAGAUAUGUUGAUAUGAUCAACUUAAAAAAUGAUUUGUCUAGAAGCAUUAGAACGGGCGAUUUAAACUUGUACAUUUAUUGUUUGAAUGAAAUGGCUGCAUUUUUCUUUACGCUUAAUCACCAAAACUAUGCUCGUUGGACAAUUAAAGCCGCUCACGAUUUAACUAACAUGAAUAAAACUCAUCCGGAGUUAGUGGACCAUGUGAAACAGAGUGGUUUUGGUGUUAAAAGGACAGAAAAGUGUUUUUCAAUGUCCCCUGUGGAUUUGACACUGGAACAGACAAUAAAUGCCGACGCAGCGAAUAGAUUGACUGGUGUUUCAUCGUUCACUAACUCUAUAGGUGCAAGGCAAAAAUGGGCAAAGACGCAUACAGAUAGAACUGCAAAUAUUUCAUCUCUUUAUAACAUGUUGGGCCUUUUGCGCAAGGAUGAUGUAACGCGCGAUUUGAAGAAAGGAGAGAUACAAAAAUUUUCUGCAAAUCUAACAAAAUUGACAAACGAAAUAGAAAAUAGCUGUAACCCCUUUUCGGACACAACCCAGCAGGAAAACCAUAGGCUGUUUAACAUUUGCAGUGGAAAAUGUGUCUCUGAGGCCACCGAAGAGUUUCUAAUUAAUUUAAAGAGGGAACGAAAGAAAAAGAGGGAUAAUUUUAUUAAGGAGUGCCAAGCCGAUUCACAAAGAUUUGAAGCAACAAUUUCAAAAACGAAAAUUUUAAAUUUUGCUUCAAAUAACAAGGUAGCAAAAACUAUCGCUUGUGGAAAAGUUCGUGAGGUUAAAAUGGAGCGAAAUUUAAUCGGAAGGAUUUUUUUUUUAGCCUCACAGAACUCAACAGAUGUAAAAGAAAUUUUCAAAUAUCCACUGACACCAGUUCCUCAAUGCUUUGGACAUUUAGAUGGCUCCAUGAUUAAGACCCAAAAAUCUGUUCUCCUGAGACAUCUUGAGAAAAGCACAAUAAGCAUUGCUCCAAGCAAUGUUGAUGUCAUUCUUGUAGAUGGGUUCUAUCUGCUACAUACCUUAGGAGAAGUAUAUGCGUCUUACGCAGGGAUUGCAUCGCAAAUUUUGAAAAAAAUAUGUCGAAUGAGUGCAAAAGAAAUUCAUGUUGUUUUCGACAGAAUUAUUUCACCAUCCAUAAAAGAUAUUGAACGGGAUAGAAGAAACAGUUCAGAUGAUGAGGCAAUUUGUUCUGCGUUUAACAAAAAUGGAAGGCCCCCAGCAAAUUUAAAAAAAUGUCUGAGGAACAGUUCUUUCAAAAAAAGGUUAAAUGAAUGGCUAGUGCAAGAAUGGAGUGAAGAUGAAUACCACAAUAUUAUUGGUGAUAAAAAGUUGUAUGUUUCAUGUGAAACUAAGUGUUUUGUUUUUGAAGCUGUAAACGAAAAAAUUGUUCGUGAAGAUGUACAAGAGCUAGAAAGUUUACAAGAAGAGGCUGAUACUAGGUUGUUUCUCCAUUUGGCAUUUCUUCCCAGCGACUUGUCCGUUGUUAUUAGAACUAGAGAUGGGUAGUUCCAGAGCCAAAUAGUUCCUGGAACUAGUUCCUCACUCGGAACUAGUUCCACUCGUUCCACAAAAUUAAUUUAAACAGUUCCAUCGUUCCGACACAGCCACACACAAAAGAAAGAAAGAAAGAAAGAAAGAAAGAAAGAAGAAGAGGAACAAGAAACAAAACGAAAGCGAACAUGUCUCUGUUUGGAAUACACAAUACACACACGCAUGUCAAAGAAUUCUCAUCCAAAGCCAAUACACAUGGAUGCGUAAGAGCUAAGCGCCAAAAAUUCACAAACCAAAACCACAACUACACUCUUAUGAAUCAUGCUCACGGACAUGGAACUACAUUAAUAGUUCCAGUUCCAUGUCUUCCAUCAGGAAAAAAUAUUCAAUAUUAUACUAUUUCUUUUUUUGAUGCAUUUUCCUUAAAAAAAACUCAAAUUCUUGAUAGUUCCGCGGAACUAGUUCCAGGAACUAGUAGGUAGAUUAAGUUUGUGUCAACUGACAUAUUAAGUUUUUCUGGUCGCUUUAAACGGCCAUCAGGAAAAAAUAUUCAAUAUCAUACUAUUUCUUUUUUCGAUGCAUUUUCCUGAAAAAACUCAAAUUCUUGAUAGUUCCGCGAAACUAGUUCCAGGAACUAGUUCCGACCGAAAAAACAACCGUUCCAUGUUCGUUCCGGCUUUGGAACUGUUUUGCGCAUCUCUAAUUAGAACGUCUGACACAGAUGUACUAAUAAGUAAUAAUAGCACUCGGUUCCCUCCCUCUUUUGAAAAAUAACCCUAAAGUCUGGCUGGAAAUAGGAAAUAUAUCCAAUAACACACAAAGGUAUACCUACAUAUUAUUUAAUUUAAAAAAAGAAUAAUUUUAUACCAAAUUAACUUUUUGUAUAGAUUUAUUCAUAUAAAUGAAAUGUUAAAAAAUUUGGGAACUACGCUAUGUUCUGCUCUAGUUUUACUGGCUGUGAUUACACGCCAAGCUUUUUUAAAAAAGGAAAAAUACGGCCUUUUGAAAUUCUGAGAAGCUCAGUGGAAUUUCAACAAGCCUUUUCAAAUCUCGCAAAAUUUACACAAGUGAGUCAAACGGACAAACAAAUUUUAGAAGAAUUUGUUUGCAAAAUAUAUCAUACAAAUGCGGUCGAAGUAAAUGAAGCCCGGUAUGAAAUAUUUAGUCAAACGUGCAGGCCUACGCCUGAAAACAUUUUUAAAAAUAUUAAAAGUAUGUUUAAACUUAAUUUUAUUAGAAAUAAAGUUCCUUAGUAAAUGCUUGAACUAUUUAUCUACAGGUUUUGAAGGAAGUCUUUUGCCUCCAAGCAAAAGCGUGUUGUUCCAGCAAAUGAAGAGAACUAACUACGUGGCAAAUAUCUGGAGCAAUUCAAUCGAAAACAAUGGCGUGCAGAUGUCACCUUUGCACUGUGGCUGGGCAAUGGAAGGAGGAGCUAUCAUAAUAAAAUGGUUCGAAGGAGAUUUAGCCCCGUACAAUAUAGAGGAAAUUGUAAACGAAAGUGACGAAGUGUCGGAGAACGAAGAAGAGACUUCCAAUUAUUCUUCUGACUCUGACUCUGACGUUGAGUAUCUUUAAGUAUGUUGGAUGUGUUCAAAUAAACCAUAUAUAUGAAAACAUUGAUAGUAAUUUGUUUUUUAUUUUUAAUUUUUUUCAUAAAGUUUCCUCUUUGAAAGAAACUUGGUGCACUUUGCAUGCGUCUGGCAGAGGGAAGGCUGAAAAACAGCUGGCUCAAACUUAUAUUUUCUAGACCUAGAAUAGACAUAGAAUAUUAAUUUGUUACCAUCAUACGGUUAUACCUAACAGAAAAGAAGUAAUUGGGGUUUUUAUUAGAAAAAUGCAAUUAAAAAUGCUUUAAAGCGGUCUGGCGGGGGGAAAGCUGAAAAAAAACUUGUGGUACCCACAUUUUUGAAAUCAGGGGAUUUUUUAUGAUUUUUUGGUGUAUCAUUUUUUGGGGUAAUACCUAGAAAAACGCCAAAAGUUGAUUUUUGACUGCACUUUGGAUGCGUCUGGCAGAGGGAAGGCUGAAAAAUAGCUGGCUAAAAAUUAUAUUUUCUAGACCUGGAAUAGACAUAGAAUAUUAAUUUGUUACCAUCAUA